GUUGGUUUUAGCAAAUGUGCCUUGAUUAAUUAAUGAAACAUGUUUUAUGAAUGUCCGUCCACAUACAAUUGAAAGUACACAAGUUGACAUGCCCCCUUCGCAUACAGCUCUUUCACUCCAGCUAAUUCCAGAACUUGCAGGAGUUGAAGUUGCAUCAAGAAGAAGCUUAAGGCCCACAGAAAAAGUGUUGGGUGGGAGGAGUGACCAAAUCACGCGGCGAGAAGUAGGAUAAGCGUUAGAGUAAGGGAAUCCAGUAGCUGAUACAAUCUGAGUAUUUAGAAAUUGUAACUAGUAAGAAGAAGUCGUCACGAUUUGAGGAGCUAAGGUUAAAGCCAAGAGAAUCAAACCUGUGUGAUAAAGCCAAUGAGAAACACAAGGAAACCAACAGUUGUAGCUGAAGAUGAUUUGCUAAUGAAAGAUGAUAGCACGAACGCUAGGCUAAUCUAGUAACACAAAGGAUAGAUAAGUUUUAAGUGAUAAUCCAGCAAAAAUCAAUGGAAAAUAAUUAAAAAAUGAUGGGGAUCUUUAAUUUUACCAUAGUAAACUGAAAAAGCAAGAAAAGUAAGAAGACAACGACGAAACUGUUUUUCAAAAAAAAAUCGAAUUGGAACAUCAUUCCAAAGAGGACUAAGAAGCGUGAGGAGACAAACGUAAGGAGUCCUUCCCAUGUGAGCCAUGAUAACCAAUAAGCUGUAUCAAAAACUCCCAUUAUUGUCAUUGCCUGACGAAGUUUUAGCUCUUUCUCGGUAACAAGAGAACCGAGCUGGAGAACAAAACCAAACAUGGAGAAGGCAAGAAAAAAGAUUGGUCCCAUUACUUUGAGUGCAGAGAUAACUUCAGCUAUAAUAGCUGGGCGUGCAAAUUCUUUAAAUCCAAAAUCCCAACCAAACUUUGGAUCUGAAAUAACAAAAGAAGACAUGUACGUUUAUGAAUAAAAAAAAGUCAAAAGAAGACAUGUACGUUUAUGAAUUUCCAACUAAAAAGUAAUGAAAAACUAACUGACGAAGACUUUUCAACUUAUUAGUACUAGUUAUGAGUUUUUCAACUUUCAAUAUGAGACUUUGUCUCUAAGCUCAAACAUUUCAAGAUGGUACCUCCCAUUAAAGACCUUGCAAUCUCACGCUCUGCAGCUAUUUGAAGAGGAACAAGGAACUUAAAGGUUGGAUCUUCAACACGACCACGUUUUUUCUCCGAUGAGGAAUUUGUCUGAACUCCAUAGCUGAUUAUUUUAGCAUUCCUUUCCACAAAAUGCAAAGCUCCUGGGACUUGCAAAGCAUGUGACAUAAACCAUGCAUCGACCUCCUCAGGCGCUUUGAACGAUUGAACCUGAGAAAAAAAAACAGGCACACACACAAGAGAAACAUUUCAGAACCUAUAUUAAGUUAAAACUAAAAAGAACCAAACAGAAUAAGAACCUAACCUUGUUGGUCGGAAUUGGUCUCCCCGGAUUGUUAGCCAUGAUUGCAGAGACGAUGUCAGUCACACGACGCCUAUUGUUACCACUCCAUACAAAGUCGUAGCAAGGAAGCUUCACGAAGAACUUAUCCUCACAAGGAAGAAUAGGCAGCGAAAACAGAAGCAUGGGAUCCGUGACGUUCUUGUAGGCACUUGAGGAUGCUUCGCUCGCCUUCAUAGCUUCCUCGAUACAGAUUAUGACAAGGAUGAAGAAGAAUGAUGAGAAGAGCUGAAGACAUGUAGAUCUCUUGUUCCUCCAUGAGAGUAGCAGGUUCUUCUUGAACAACGCCGUGAAAUGCUGAUACAGAAGCGAGGAAACACAUAUGGACAAAUGUAAGGCUCAUCUUAGUUCCACUCUUCCUCUGCUUAAUUAUCCAAGCGAUUCAACACGUGCUCGAUGCGCUGAUGAAGGGAGUCUCUGAUAUGACUGGUGAUUGUAAGAGUAACGCUGAAUUAUUUGGCGGUAUUUGUCCCAUCCCAAACCCUCCAAUGUUGCCUGCCAUGUUGCAGAUUCCACAACAUGAACUCCGUUCUGUUAAAAUCGAUUUUCUUCCCUACAAAGACCUUCCUGACAAGUCAUGUAGAGGAACAAUGGGAGGAUCUUGUCCUGUAACUAUACUUAUGACUGGUGACAAACAGCCCCUUGGUAAAGCUAUAUCCGCGAAUAUAUUUGCUACAUCUUUUGCGGUUAAUUCCUCCGACCUCUUGCCUACUUUAGCUAAUAAUAUCUUGGGUUCACCAAUAGCAGCAGAUAAAGACAAUUACGCAGAUCCAGGUCUUGCCCCAGGUCUCCCUAUCUACAGUAUCCAACCUCUGUGCAGUGCAAACUCUACAUGGCCACUCUCUCUCGAAAAAAUUCAGACAGAGGUGAAGUGUGUUCAAGGGUUGUGUCUCUGGAGAAAUAACUCUGCAUAUUUCAAUAAUGAGCUUUUCAAGGGUAGUUAUAGGGGAAACCCUGCUGGGAUUACAAAUGAGAUCGCUGCAGCAUAUGAUCUCAUGAGUACGGAUAAGAAAAACUUCAAUGUGACCAUCUGGUAUAACUCUACCUACAAGGACGAGUUUUCAACUGGGCCUGUUAAGCUGGUCCGAGUUCCCUGAUCUGUCAAUCUGGUACCAUGUUGAACUUUCAAGAGUCAAGUCAUGCAUCCACUUACAAUCAUGUUUCUCUCAUUGUAACAUAUGCCUCUGCAGAUAUCAAAUGCUUAUCUGAAGUUUCUGAAAGGCCCUGGGCUAAGGAUUAUUUGACUUUGUCAAAGAAGUUCCUAAACACGCAACUAGAUUGAAUACUGACAUUGCGUCUUUGCUUGGCCCACUUUUCUUCACUUGGGUUAUUCUUGUUUUGUUCCCCGUAAGUUCUCUCUUACAAAUCACUUGGAUGUUUUUUUUUUUAAUUUAUCCCAUUGUAUGUGAAAUGACAAGCUAUAAAUCAUGCAGGUGAUCUUGACAUCAUUGGUGUAUGAGAAACAAGAACGUCUAAGGAUUAUGAUGAAAAUGCACGGCCUAGGCGAUGGUCCAUAUUGGUUGAUUAUAUGCCUAUUUUCUAACCAUAUCCGUGUUGUACGUUGCUUCUUUGGUGAUAUUUGGGUCAGUGAUAGGACUCAAGCACUUUUGGCUCAAUUCAUAUACCAUCCAGUCCGUUUUCUAUUUUAUCUACUUAAAUCUUCAAAUAGCCAUUGGCUUUCUAGUUUCUUCAAUAUUCUCAAAGGUUAAGACUGUACAGGUGAUAUACCUUGGAUUUGACCCAUUUUUAUCCAUGGUAUAUAGGUAUUUUACUAUAUAUAUAUCUAUGUUUUCUAUUCUUCUAGGUAUGUUUUCAGGUUCAGGUGCAUUUCGUAGUAAAGCUAUGACUUUGGAGCAUUUUGGAGCUUAAAAGACAUUUUACCCGAGCUGACCACGUAGAGGUCGACGAGAGGAAGAAUAAUCGAUCGAUGCGCAUCAGUGCUGAGAUCGAUAUCAGGAAAUGCCUCGACAGAUGAAGAUUAAUAUCGAUCGAUGUACACAAGUACCAUCGAUCGAUGUCGAGACACCAGACGCGACAUUUUGGAUUCAGCAGACUUAAAAACCAAGGCCAAGACAAAUUACCAAAAUGCCCUGACGAGUUUUUAACCUAGUAGAAUAUAUACUGCCUAAGUGUUUUGACGGCAGAAGAACAGAGUUUUUUCUAGACAUAGUUUUGUUACAAGUUUCAUUUGGGAGAGAAGAUCACUUGUGAUUGGAACUCCUUGUUUCUAUUUCUUUUCAUCUAUUCUAUGAGUUUCUAUUUCUCUAUUGAUAUGAAUUGCUUUGCUAUGUCUGAGUAGUUCAACUGUUAGAUCCAGGGUUCAGAUAGGUUUGUGGGAUUAGCCCCAAACUAUAG